AUGUUAUGUUAUAGUCAUCACAAACUGUAUUUAUGUUUGACUAAAAUUAGUCAUUUUGACUUUAAUUGUAGAUGUUCCUCUCAGAAAGCUAAGAGGGUUGCCUUAUCUUUCUUCCCUAUUAUUUCCUGGCUCCCUGCUUAUCGAUUUAAGGAGUGGAUUCUCAGUGACAUCAUAUCAGGAGUUACAACAGGGCUUGUAGCUGUAUUACAAGGUUUGGCUUAUGCACUCCUCGCAAAUGUCUCGCCUGGCUAUGGAUUAUAUACAUCAUUCUUCCCAGUUGUAGUCUACUUUUUCCUAGGAACUUCCAGACAUAUAUCAGCAGGCCCUUUCCCUGUCGUGAGCCUGAUGGUUGGCUCAGUUGUAGCUACACUUGUACCUGAAGAUAAGUUUGGAAAUACAAACUCCAGUAUUACUAACUCUACAGCUGAAGAUUUACUGAAUGAUGAACGUAUCAUUGUAGCAGCAUCUCUAACGUUUCUGGUUGGAAUUAUUCAGUUGGCUUUAGGACUUCUACGAAUUGGCUUCAUAGUGAUAUAUUUGUCGGAACCUUUAAUUAAUGGUUUCACAACUGCUGCAGCAAUUGAAGUUGUGGUGUCACAAUUAAAAUAUGUUUUUGGAGUUAAAAUUCCUUCAUCUAGUGGGCCACUGUCCAAUUUUUAUGCAUUAAAGAGUAUAUUUUCCCAAAUCACAAAGACCAAUAUUGCUGAUCUUGUCAUAGCAAUCAUAAUAAUGAUUUGUGUUUACGUUGUGAAAGAACUUAAUGCCCGUUACAAGUCAAAAUUACCUGUGCCAAUUCCUAUAGAGAUCAUUAUGACAAUUAUUGCUGCUGGUGUGUCCUAUGCAUUUAACUUUAAAGUCAAGUACAAUGUUAAUGUUGUAGGAACUAUACAGAAAGGAUAUCAGCCGCCUGCAGCGCCGAGUCUAGCUGUUUUUCAAGCUUGCAUUGCCAAUUCUUUCUCUAUUGCUAUUGUUGGAUUUGCUGUGGCCUUUUCUGUUGCUAAGGUUUAUGCAAUUAAACAUAACUAUAACAUUAAUGGAAAUCAGGAGUUAAUUGCAUUUGGGCUGAGUAAUAUUUUAUGCGGCUCAUUUAAAGGAUUUGCUGCGAGUACAUCUUUAUCAAGGUCAUCUGUACAAGAAAGCACUGGAGGAAAAACUCAGGUUGCUGGCAUCAUUUCUGGAAUACUGGUAUUAAUAGUGACAUUGGCUGUUGGAUACCUACUAGAACCUCUACCAAAGCAGUUUUUGGCCGGCAUUAUCCUGAUAAAUUUAAAGGGGAUGCUGCUGAAAUUCAAUGAAAUUCCUGUGUUGUUUAGGAGAGACAAAUAUGACUGUCUUGUCUGGAUAUUGACAUUCCUAGCCUCUGUAAUUCUUGGUCUGGAUCUUGGCCUCGCUGUUGGUGUGGGAAUUGAACUUCUGACCGUGGUGUUCCGUGUGCAAUUCCCCAAGUUUACAGUAUUAGCCAAUAUUGAAAAAACCGACAUCUACAAAAACAGGAAAGAUUUUUAUGAAAUUUGUGAGCCUAAAGGAGUUAAGAUCUUCAGAUGCCCAGCUCCUGUUUUCUUUGCCAAUAGUGAAUUCUUCAAAGAGAAACUCAUUGCUGCAGCUGGCUUUAAUCCAAUGUGGGUGCUUCGUAAGCGAAAUAAGGCUCUGAGAAAAAUCAGGAAGCUGGUAAAGAAGGGAGAGCUACAAGUCACGCCAAGAGGUGUGGUCUGCACAUCAUAUGAUUAUAAAGAGUUAGAUGAAGAUGAAGAUGAACUUGACAAUAACAGGAUUGAAGAGCUGGACAAACCAAUAAACACAGAAGAUCUGCCUAUUGUCAUUGACUGGAAUUCUGAUCUACCAAAUAACAUCAUGGUUCCCAGAAUUGAUAUUCACAGUUUGAUACUUGAUUUUGGAGCAGUAUCUUUCAUCGAUAUGUCUGGAAUGAAAGCAUUGAAAGGGAUUUUAAAAGAAUUUAUCAAGGUUGAGGUGGACAUGUACAUUGCUGCUGUGGAUAGUAAGUAA